AUUUUAUCGAACGAUUCUAGUUGAUCAAAUGCUUAAAGCACCCUGAAAAGCCAAUCAGCAACUUGUGUCUGAAUGAACAAUGCAAAGAAUUACACUACUUUUGUUCGACCUGUGUCAAGCUCCAUGUGGAACACUCCAAAGACAUCAUUUACAUGAAAUAAAUUGGAUCUUCUACUCAAACGCUCUUCCAAUGUCAAUGAAUUCUCUCAAGACAAGUUGGGAUUGGAAACAUUCAACAUCUAUCGUGAAUUCAAGAAAACAAUCCUUAAUUAAUUGAAUCUCUUGGAAGAAGAAUUAAGGAUCAUUAUAAGCAAUUUAGUCAACGAUGAAUAAAUGAAUCAAUACGCCUACAAAUUCUUAAAGAGCAUCAAUGACUUCGGCAAAGAAGACCUUGAAGAUUUAAGAGAAUAUCUUUUAAAGGAAAAGAAAGACAUUUAAAAAAACUAAGUAACAUUAAAAGAGAGUUAAAACAAACAAAAACUCAUUGAACUCAAAGACUAUCUCAAUGAAAGGAUUCCACAUCUAUAAAAGGAAGUGCUUAAUCAAUUAGAUUGUGUCAAUAGGAUAUUUUAUACCCAAAGUGAAAGAAUCGAUAGAUUGAAGAAAGUCUGGAUUACUGAAGAGGGUUUGAGCCAACCAAGUGUCUUCAAUAAGAACACAAUCAGAGUCAAUUAAUUCCAAAUCAGAGACAAACCUUUGUAUUUAAUUGGAAUCUACUAGCCUAUGUUAUACAAGGGUAGUUACAAUUCAACAAAUUAUGAUUCACAAAGCAAAUCUUCAUUUUAAAUAACCUACAAGUUACAUUUAGGACAUGAUCUAACCAAAUAUAUACUCAAAGAAAAAAUAAUAUUGGAACAUGAAAAAUUGAAAAUUGUGGAUGGGCACUUAUAUUAUUUGGAAUUCAAGAGGCCCAUUAAAAUGUUGCCUCAUCAGACUUACAGUUUUUCAAUAACAACAAAAGAAUAAAAACCAUUUUACACUUAUCAAUAUUCCCUUAAUCAUGUUGAUCAUCCACUCAUCAAGUGGCAAUCAGAGAAUCUAUCAGAAUCUGAUUAGUUUAUCAAAUAGAAAUAUGAUCAUCUUUAUUCUUAUCCAGAUAUUGAUUAAUUGCCAGCAUUAUAGGUGAAGUUGUGA